AUGUCGAACAUUUCGUUACUAAAAUCGUCUCAGCAUUACAUGGAAUUAUUAAUAGAAUCGCCAGAUAUGCCAACAUCGACAUCAACCAGUGAUACGUCGAUUUUGGAUGAUAUUACUUUUCCUAUUCUAUCAAACUGCGAUGAUCUGAUCAGUUCAACAGCAUCUCAUAUUGAUGAAAAUAAUGAAAACGAAGCUAUUGCACCACUUAUUGCUUCAUUAGCCGGUGAUCUAAGUAAACAUCGAACAACCAAUACUGAAACAUUAAUGCAUUUACUCAAAGGUAAUGUAGGUGCUGGCAUUCUUGCAUUGCCUUUUGCAUUAUCAAAAGCUGGAUUAUUUGGUUCUAUUGCUUUUUGGAUAAUGGGUGCAAAGAAACUUUAUUGUAUGCAUCAAUUAUUGCGAUGUCACGAACAUUACCGAUCUCAUACGUCGAGAUCUAAAUGUGAUUUCGGUGGUAUUAUGCGAUAUACAUUAGAAACAUGUCGUUGGUGA